AUGAGAAGCAAUUAGCUCCACACCAGCAACUCAUUAGAAGUCUCAUUUAUACAUUACAAGCUCUCUUUCUCCCAAGUAUGACUUCCUCCCAAGUGAUAGUUAAGCUAUGCAUUACUAUCUUCUUCUUGAUACAUUAUGGUCCGCCUGCCUCUGCGCAGCUAAGUUCUACUUUCUAUUCCAGUUCAUGCCCCAAAGCCCUCUCAACCAUUAAGUCCGCUGUUAACUCUGCGGUGGCGAAAGAGAGCCGGAUGGGUGCAUCACUUCUCCGUCUUCAUUUUCAUGACUGCUUUGUUAAUGGCUGUGAUGGAUCUAUUCUCUUAGACGACACUGCAAACUUCACAGGAGAGAAGACAGCUGCUCCUAAUAAUAAUUCAGUGAGAGGGUUUGAUGUUGUCGAUACCAUCAAAUCCAACCUAGAAAGCAUCUGUCCCGGUGUCGUUUCUUGUGCUGACAUCUUGGCUGUUGCUGCUCGUGAUUCCGUCGUCGCUUUGGGUGGAUCCACAUGGUCAGUACUGUUGGGAAGGAGAGAUUCAACCACAGCAAGCUUAAGUGCUGCAAACAGCAACAUCCCUUCACCCUUCUUGAAUCUUAGUGGUCUCAUAACUGCCUUCACAAACAAAGGAUUCACUACAAAGGAAAUGGUGGCUCUUUCAGGGUCUCACACAAUAGGGCAAGCAAGGUGCACACUAUUCAGAAGUCGAAUCUACAAUGAGACCAACAUAAACACGGCGUAUGCGACAUCUUUGAAGUCGAAAUGUCCGAGCUCUGGUGGGGAUAAUAAUCUCUCCCCUCUCGACACCACGAGUCCUACUACCUUUGAUUCUGCCUAUUACACCAACUUGAUCAACAACAAGGGCCUUCUACACUCUGAUCAACAGCUCUACAGUGGCGGUAGUGGCUCUACUGAUUCUCAAGUGAAGUCCUAUAGUUCCAAUUCUGCAACUUUUUUCACAGAUUUUGGGAACGCCAUGAUAACUAUGGGAAACCUUAGCCCACUCACUGGCACUAGUGGUCAGAUUAGGACCAAUUGUAGGAAAGUUAAUUCAGGAUAAGAAGAGACUCAAUUUUCUAUAAUUUUUCAGUUUUCCUAUUUUGGAUCAUACUCUAAAAGUUGAUUCCUCCCUAGCUGGCAACCUUGAUGUACUUGUUAAGCAAACCAAAAUGGUUUGGUACUUAUUAAUCGAAUAAAGAUUAGGAAUAUUAAAUUAAA